UCUGGAUGUGGACAGAAUUUUCAAUCAUGAGUCUUUUGGAAUUGUUUUGGAUCAUUGUAUUGCUCAGAAGAACUAAUUAAUAUCAUUUGGGCAGCUGUAGGAUGGGUGGAUUAAAGAGGAGAGUUUUAAGGCAGAUUUGUUGAAACAGUCGGGAGAUGAAGAAGACCUAAGAAGUAUAAGUGGAGAACUCAAAAGGAAGAUUAUGGGGAUGGAACCAAUAAGGUUUGGCUGGCUACAUGUUGUACCUCUGGGUACUUGAAGGCUGCUGGCUCCCUUUUAGAAAUCAGGAAAUGGAGAAGGGGGCUGGGUUUUUGCUUUAACUACAGCAUAUUCAUUGAUAUUCAACAGGCCAUUAAUGAAAUGGGAUUGGAAGUCAGAAGAGUGAAGAGGCCUGCAUACAGAAAAAUCUGGGAGUUAUCUGCUUAACCCUGGGGAACUGACGUGGUCACCAAAUGAGAGGGGGUAGGUUAGACAAAGCCUCGGGACAUAUCCAUAGUUAGACCAGGUGCGGAUAAUGAUCGAGCAGAACGAGACUGAAAGGAACAUUCACCCAGAAAGGAGGAGAGCCCAGGGUAGACAGGAUCAUACUGGAAAGAACACUCCGGGGCUGUUCUCUGGAAAGUGUCUGGGUGACAUGGGGAUUGGCCGGAUUUGAUUUUUCCCCCAACUCCAUUAUUCCAGACCUACCUGGUUUGAUGAUGAAGGGUUCUCUUCCAGGAUUCCGAAGUUAGGGAAACUUCAAGGAUCAUCAAGUGUAUCUCUCUCAUUUUACAGGCGGGGAAACUGAGACCCAGAGAGGGGGUGUGCCUAAGGUAUUAGAACUCGGGUCCUACUGCCCCACCCAGCCCACGGCUCCGUGCCCUUUAUAACCGCAUGUCUGAGGUCACCCUCACUGCCGUCAGAGUGACGGGUCCGGUAGCUAGCGGAAUCUUGCACAGCCUUGGCUAGCAGUGCCUGGGGUUGGGCAGGGCUGGGCUGGCUGGGCGGGGCCGAGCUAGGAGGCUUCCGAGCCCUGCGGGAGCCGGGCUCCGGAGUGGGAUCCAGGACCAUGGCUCUGUCCUGACUGAUCAGCCCUUAUGACCAACAUGAGUUGGAGCUUUCUCACGAGGCUGCUGGAGGAGAUCCACAACCACUCGACCUUCGUGGGCAAGGUGUGGCUGACCGUGCUGAUCGUGUUCCGCAUCGUGCUGACGGCCGUGGGCGGGGAGUCCAUCUACUCGGACGAGCAGAGCAAAUUCCUGUGCAACACGCGCCAGCCGGGCUGCGACAAUGUCUGCUACGACGCCUUCGCGCCGCUCUCCCACGUCCGCUUCUGGGUCUUCCAGAUCGUCGUCAUCUCCACGCCGUCCGUCAUGUACCUCGGCUAUGCCAUCCAUCGGCUGGCGCGGGCCUCGGAGGAGGAGAGGCGCCGGGCCAGGCGCUGGCGGCAGGGAGGCCGCGGCGCCCGCCGGCGGCCCCCGAGGAGGAGGCUCCCGCCGCUGCCCCACCCGGGGUGGGCCGACAGCCCGAACGGCGGGGAGGAGGAGCCCAUGAUCGGCCUGGCGGGAGGCGUGGGGGAGGAAGAGGAGGGUGGAGAUGGAAGCCGGGAGGACCGCGAGCAGGAGGAAGAGGAGAAGGAGGGACUGGCCGGGGAGAAGGGCAAGGGCUCCGUGGAGGCCGGGCCCGCCAACCAGAAGCACGACGGGAGGCGAAGGAUCCAGCAGGAGGGGCUGAUGAAGAUCUACGUGCUGCAGCUGCUGGCCCGGGCCUCCUUUGAGAUCUGCUUCCUCGUCGGGCAGUACCUGUUGUACGGCUUCGAGGUCCAGCCUUUCUUCCGCUGCAGCCGGGACCCCUGCCCUCACACGGUGGACUGCUUCGUGUCUCGGCCCACCGAGAAGACCGUCUUCCUCCUGGUGAUGUAUGUGGUCAGCUGCCUCUGCCUCGUCCUGAAUCUCUGUGAGAUGGCCCACCUGGGGCUGGGCACCUUGCAGGACGCCGUGAGGAACCGCAGGGUGGGGGGCCGGGACCAGGGGUCCGGAGGCUAUCCCUCACCCCCGCCCCUGCCCCGGCAGCUGCCCCAUGGCUACCCAUAUACUCGCAAUAUCUCCUGCCCCCCCGAGUACAACCUGGUGGUCAGGGCCGAGAGGGCGGCAGCAACGGGGAGGCUCAUGCCGGGGGGCCUCCUGGCCCAUGAGCAGAACUUGGCCAACGGAGCUCUGCAGGAGCUCCAGGAACUCCAGGGCCCCGGCCCGGAGGAGAACCCACCGCCGGUGGAUCUUGCCGCCGCCUUCCGGGGAACCCAUCGGGCUGGAUCCCAGGACCCUACCAAUGGGGUUAGGAGCAAUGGAUUUCCCGCUUAUCCGGCCCAGGUAGGGCUACCACCUUCAAGGACUGACAGCCCAGCCUCAGCGGGCACGAUUGUGGAGCAGAACCACGCCGACGGAGCCCAGGGGCGCCAAGGGACCAAAGCCAAAUCCAACUCAGAGAAAGGCAGCAGUGUCAGCAGCAAGGAUGGCAAAACGUCUGUGUGGAUAUGAAGACCUUGGGGGGGAGGAGGAGGGAAAGGGGACAGCAACUUCAUAUAGCCACCAGCCCCUCUCCCUUCCCGCGUUUUGGCCCUAGAGUCCCCGUAGACUUAGCUCCAAGGUGGGACUUGGUUUUAUAACCCAGAAGAACAUCAGUGCACAGACUUAGGAGAAAGAAGGAAAUGUGGUUCUGUGGAAAGAGAAUGGGUCUUAGAGUCUGGAGAUUUGGGUUCGAAUACUGCUUAUCCUAAUGACUGGAUGUGUGACCUCAGUCAAAUCAUUAUUUCCCUUAUCUGAGCCUUCUCUGUAUAAGGAGAGAAUUGGACUAGCUGUGACCAUCUGUGACUGUGGUGCGGCAAUUCAACUUGCUUUUCCCUCUUAGAGCUUUGGGGGUGUGAAGUUGAGAAAUGCCAAGAAUCAAGGCUCUGAGGUGAGGGGAUAGAGCUCAGAUUUAAGGCUCACUUAACUCAUUAUUGUCAUUAUUUUCUUGUAGAAAAUGAACCUUUUCUAAAGAUAGCAACAGAAGCUCUUUAACAUGUAGUAUGAUCUAGUGAAAAGGACACUUGACCUCCUCUAUUCGGUGGAAAGAAGAGCUAGCCUCUGUAGUCUCUUUUGGGUCUAAAUCUUAGAUUCUACAUGUCAAGCGUGCUUUUGGGAAAAAGAAGAAAUCCUGAAAAUUUGAAUGGUCUGAGAAUGCCUCUUAGCCAGAUCUCUAAAACUAUUAAAAGCGAGACUGUUUGGAAAUGGAAAAUAUGGCUUUAAGACACCCCCAGGUAAUUAAUGUAAGCACAAGAACUUUGGAGGCAGGAAAUCUGGGUUUUGAAUUCAGCUCUGCUACUUACUAGAGGCUAUCUAAAAUCCCUUCUGGCUCAACAUCCUGGGAUCCUGCGUUUUGUGAGUCAUUUAAGCACCCUGGGAUUCAGUGAUCACACAGUCACCUUCUAAUUUUUAAAUCAUGGCAAGAGCUGGAGUGGAAGAUCAUUUCCAAAACCGGCAGUAUAUCCCAAGGUGUUAUUUCUCUGUCCUUGGAUCUGAAUCUCCUUGGCUGUAAGUUGGCAUGUGAUCAGGUUAGGCAGGCAUAUUUUAAUUUUCACCUGAGCCAGAAAAUUAAAAAGAUAAAGAAUCCCUCCCUUCCUCCCCCACCCUGAAAAGGAAUUAUAGAAUAUAUUCCAAAGUCAAAUAUAAAUCAUUGAUUUAUGUGGUGGGGAUUAUCUACUUUAGGAUCCUGGGUGCCACCCUUUCAUUGGGCAGCUAAUUGAUAAUUCACUGUAUCACCAGUAUUCUAUAGCCAGCCUAUCCCUGGUCCCAUUAGUUGUCCAAAAGUAAUUCCUGCCCUGAUUAUCACAUGUCAGUUUGUCUAAGCCAUGGAAGCCUAGAGAAAAGAAUUAUAAAAGUCCUUUAUCUGGGAAGAGGUUAUUUUUCCCCAUCCUCAUUUCUGUUCCCUCUCAAAGAACUAAGACACCUCAAGUGCUUAUCACUUUUUGGGGAGAGCAAAAUUCACCAUGGUCUCCAACUCCCAUCCCUACUGUGGUCCAGGGGACAAGAGUUGGUGAAUAUGCUGAACUUCUCUCUUCUGCUUCUUCUGGGAUCCCAAGCAAGAGUCAGGAUACAGGCUGGGGGGGGAUAGAGGGAGGGGCCAGUUAUGCUAAAGAUAAGGAAAUUAAUGUGGUGAUGAGAGGAUAGUUUCUGGAGACCCUCAGGAGCUGAAAAGUUUCAGCAGCAUUUCCAACAGGUCUGUUGCUUUUGGAGCCCAGGUGGUUAUGACAUAAAGUUAAAGCAAUAUUCAAGAGUAGCUUCUUUCCAGGGCUGAUCCCACAAAUAGAUAGAAGAAGUUACCUGAACAGUAUAAUCUGAAGGCCACUGCCUCUGACUACCUGUCACAGAACAUGAAAUUCUACCAUUAUCACUUUAUUCCUUUGGGGUUUAAAGGUCCUCUAGUUUUCCAGAGAAUCAGGGAUCUGUCUACUUCCCUUCUGAAGCCCUUAAGUAGUUAUGAGUGUCUCCUGGACCCCGGAGCAUGAUUAUUGAAAUACAAAUACCUCUGGAAAGCAAGAUACUUUAUGUAUCUAAGUUACAUGUUCGUUACACAGUUAGUGUUUUAAUGGGGAUUAGCUGACAACUAGUUAAGAUCAAGGCCUUAUGGGGAUAAGGCAUGGAAUGGAAAGGAUGAAGGAAGAUGAACAAAAAAUGGAAGGAGCUGGGGAGUUGGGAGAAAGAACUAUGUGGUUGGCUUGAGAUCCCCUGUACCAGAGCUAGUCAUUGCCAGCUGUUCCCGACUGGUUGUGUGAUCCUGGCCAAACCAUUUCUCUCUUUGGACCUCAGUUUUCUAUAAAAUGGAAGAGUUCAGCUCUAUGAUUAUUAGGACUUCUUCCAGCUCUGACAUUCCACAUUCACUUUUUCAGCUCAGAUAGUCUAGGAAUCGUGGGACUAAGAAGGAAAUAUUCCCUCCCCAGCAGGAGGAGAAUGAACAGUCUUGGAGUCAGAAAGAUGGAGAGUAGGGGUGGGAGGAGGAUCUGGAAGAGUGUUAGCAUUGUUUGGGGGAGGGGGUGAGGAGGCUGAUGCAGAGAUGCCAGAAUCCUUUCUCCUCUCUCCACAUCCCAGAUUUCCUCAUACCUAUAUCGUUGAAGGAAGGGAACAGUCAAAAACAACACACUUAACAAGUAAGAUCCCAGCCUAGAGGAGACAUGUUUGGUAGUUGGUAGGGGACAAUUCUUUAUUAUCAGAAUCAACCCAGAAUUCUGCCUCCUUAAAGUCAUCCUGGGAUACCAUUCUCUGAGCAUGGCAUCUCUUUCCUGGCAAACUCAAAAAAGUGGUCCCUCUAGUGCCCUGGGAAUAUUCACAUCCCUGGAAGACACAAGCUGGGCUUGUGGGCAUUGGGUAAGCCUAAGGAAGUGAGCUUUAGGGACACACAGAAUCCUUGCGUGGAGUUCUAUCCCUUUCCAUCACCCAAGGUGGCCUGGAAUAGCCCAAGCUGACCCAUCUACCCUUUGCCCAAUAUUGUAGAAUUCCUGCUUCAAGGGCAAAUUAUCUGCUGAGAGGUAUUGGCAGAGAGAUCAAGAUGGAAGAAGGGGCCGGGGACUUCUUUGGAUUCGCUAGGACUACUGCGCUCUGACCUUGCCCUGUUCCUUGUUCUAGCUCCUGCUGAUUUAUUCUGAUAUUAGCCUGACACAAGACUUGCUACUGGAGAAAGGGAAGUCUGCCGCCAGUCUGCUUGUUUGUAUUAUCUGUGUGGCAGAAUGGGGAAAGCACAGGACCAUCCAGGACUCCCCCUCCCCUCUGGGACCAUCAAGAAUCCCCGCACUUGACACCAUCCAGCCUGGGACAUCACAGGGCAUCACAAGCAAUUAGAAGGCAUAACUGGGAGGAAUGGAAGAGCAAAUAACACAAUGUCAGAGCUGCAGGGGACCUUAGAGAUCAACCGUUUAAGAAACAGACCCAGAGAGGCAAAUGAUUUGCCCUAGAAUCUAGGUCUCCUAGUUUCCUGGCUGAUUUCUCAGCUAUCAACCAGAUCAAUAUCUUUGAAGUCCAGGCAAUUAUCUACUUUAGCAGACUCUAGCAAAAUUAGGUUUGGGGAGUGGAGCGAUGAGAUGGCAUUUUAGAGUAGUUAUCCUCUUGUUUAAGGCCCUGGUAUGUGGACACCUUUCACUUCCUUUCCCUUGACUUCCCUCCAUCCCCCUGAGAAAUACUUGAAGUCUUCAUAAGCGUCAGGGCCAGCCGAUAGGCUAAGCACCGUGUUCCGUUUCUGCUCCUGAACUAACUUACCUUUGCGUCUGGGACUGCCAGUGAAGGGCUGAGAAACCUGAUUCUUAGGGUAGGAGAAUCAAGGGGAGAGGGCCAUGGGGCCCCUCCUUUUGGUCCUUUCUCUCCAUGCCAUUCCCCAGCCGACCCCACUUCAUGGGAGAAACAGGUUCCAAUACUAAUAGAAUGAAAUAAAUAAAAUAAAACUUGACUUUUGUUUACAACC